AUGAACUGCAGAAGCCAUAAUAUGACGAUGCUCAGGAUUGCUGUGCCGCAGAAAGAAGGUUUUGAAGAUUUUGUGCAUGUUGCUGAUCCGAAUACCAGUUACCAAAAGGUCACUGGCUACAGGAUUGAUAUCUUCGAAGCUGCUAUGAAGCAGCUACGUCGUCCACCACGCUAUGAGUUUUAUGUCUUCCAUGGUUCCUACGAUGCGCUAGUAGGCAACGUGUCUUCAGGGGUGUAUGAUGCAGCAGUUGGUGAUGUUAGCAUAACUCCUGAUCGAGCCGCUGACACAGAUUUUACAAUGCCGUACACACAAUCUGGAGUGUUUAUGCUUGUGCUCGCUGAGGACGAGCCAGAAACAGUUGAGUGGAAAUUUGUGAAGCCACUGAGUUCGGCACUUUGGUUUACAACUGUGGGCUUCUUCUUCUAUACUGGCUUUGUUGUGUGGAUAAUUGAGCGCUCCACAAAUCAAGAGUACCAAGGAUCAAAUUUGAGACAGUUCAGCACCGCUUCUUACUUUGCUUUCUCUACUUUGACAUUUUCACAUGCUCAGACUAUUAGAAGCCCCUUGUCAAAAAUUGUUGUGGUGGUAUGGUGCUUUGUGGUUCUGAUUGUAGUGCAGAGUUACACAGCAAGCUUGUCAGCCAUACUAACCGCAAAGAGCCGCCGGCCUUCAGUGACAGAUCUGAACCAGCUCCAGCUCAGGAAUGGCUCUGUUGGACACCAAGAGGGGUCAUUUCUGCGCUCCAUCUUGAUAAAAAAUUAUUAUUUCGACAAAGAUAGGUUACAGAGCUACAUAAAGAAAGAGGACUAUGCUGAUGCUUUGAGAAAUGGAUCGGUAUCAGCUAUCGUUGAUGAGCUUCCCUUCUUGACAUCAUUCCUCUCUGAUCCUCGGAAUAAGGAAGACUUUAGGAUGGUUAAUCUCAUGUACAUGACUCCUGGAUUUGGUUUUGCAUUCUGUCUAGGUUCGCCGCUGGUGCAUGAUCUUUCUACUGCCAUCUUGAAAAUAACAGGAAGCGAUGAGGGAUUGAGGAUUCAAAGAAAGUGGUUAGGCGCAGAUCCACUGUUGUCGGCGGCCAGUGACGGCAGCCCCGACCCCGGUUCCACACAAAUCAAUUUGCCAAGCGUCGCUGGUGCCUUCGUCAUCACCGGAGUUAUCUCAACUCUCAUGUUGCUGGUAAGCAUUGGGAGGCUGAUUCAUGCCAGCCGCACCAGCGGGCGAAUAUCCGAUGUGGAAAGUGUCAAUUGUCAUGGUGGUGACAGCGUCGGCCAAGCUUCCGUUCACUUGGAGAAUGGCAGCAUAGGUCACAGUUCUGCUGCCUCUGAUCAACCCCUCUGUGAGGCCGUGAAUAGCGAGUCCCAUGGGCGCUUUGAGAAUGCUGCCGGUCAAGAGGCUUGUCCAAUGCAGCAGAAUGGCAUGCAGAGCGGCUCUGCGACUGCAGAAUCCAUCCAGAUUGAGAUGAGAACUGUCUGA